AUGGAUCACUAUAUGCCUCAAAUCUUCUGGCACGACCGUAAAGCUUUGCUAUCAACAGAUAUUCACCGUACUAUCAAUCAUCGAAAAUAUAAAAUUGUAACGAGCAGCGUUCAAAAAGAGGUAAUUUAAACUGUUUGAUGGUUUGUUUCAACUCUACUUAAGGUUCGUAUUUGGGAAUUCGAAUUUGAGCAAGAUACUAAUUUGAAAGUUUCCCCGUUAUCCGUCACAUUUCUUGCAAAUUUAACCGGUCACAACUCAGCUAUUAAUCAGGUCAAGUUCAGCCCGAACAAAGAAGGUUUAGUUUCAAGCACUAUUAUUUAUCUCAAACUAGGCCAGUUUCAGUCAAUUUGUUAGCUUCUGGAGAUUGCGAUGGUCGGAUUUUCAUAUGGACUUUGAGCGAUGCACUGCCGCCACCACCUCAAGACGAUCUUCCACCGAACAAGGAAAACUGGGUCCGGCUAAAAGUUUGUGUUUAAACGAAGAGUUGACAAACAAAAACUUGGUUCAGGUGUUAAAUCAUGAUAGUGACGUUAGCUCUUUAUGUUGGAGCCCCGACGGCACACAGAUCGCGUCAGUAUCAAACGAUGAUUGCCUAUCAGUUCACGUUGCUUCAACAGGUGAUUUUUUUUUUCGUUUAAAAACAGUUUUUCGAGUUUUUAUUGAGGAACCUCUUAAAAGAAAUGGUUGAGGUAAGCGGGUGUUUUCCAUUCGGAAUUUCCGCCACUUUCCCAACGGCGUCGCCUGGGACCCUCACGGCAAGUACAUUGUGACAAUGUCGGCUGACCGCAAGAUGGACAUUGUCGACGCGGCUAAAGGCACACGACUCCGUUCGUUUGGAUCCGCCGAACUGCCGCUUCAAAUGCUUCUUCCGAACACCCCUGUGCCGUGUGGAGAUUCGAAAACUGUAAGUCUUCGAAAUCAUGCAGAUUUUCGUCGCAUGAUUAAAAAAGCGAAUAGUUGGAUGUUAUCCAAAUAAAUACCAAUACUAUAGUAUUACCAUUUUUCCAAGUAAAUUUUUUAUUUUUUGUUUCUCAUUCUUUCUCAAUCAAUUUUAAGUUUUCCAGACGUACAAAUUAUUUCACGACGACCAGCUGUACAGUUUUCAACGAGGUGUUGCUUUUUCACCCUGUGGACAACUAAUAUUGGCACCAUGUGCGUCCUUCUUUUUUUUUUAAAUAACAAGUGUCUGGUUUAAGGCGCUCAUCUCGAGCUUGGCUCCUCGGAUUUUUUCGGUACAUACGCCUACAAAAGAAGUCAGAUUGAAAAGUUUGAGAGAAUGUCUACGAAUAUCUUUUUUUACUUCAGAGACGAGCCGUCUGCUUUUUAUCCUACUCUGAAGCCAACUUUCUUGGUCAAGUUUUGUCCUCUCAUCAUGGAACUUCUGGAAAAGAAGGAAAAUUUUUUGGGGUCAGUUUGUACGUAUGGAAUCUCUUUUGUUUGUUUGAUAUAUCUUCGUUCGUACCUCAGAAGCUGGUGAGACUCUUCGAAUUCUCAACCGCACAAUUUCGUCCUUCGUCCCGAUUAAGGCGGUUGAAAAGAAAUGCGCGUUGUUUUGAUUUCUUGUUUUGCUAUAGAGAAGAUAUAUUAGAGUUGGAAAGAUCGUGUUUUGGUGCAUCAUUUAUAUAUGAAUUUUUUUAUUUUACUUCGCUUUUCCACGAAAUCUUUCCCGUUUCGGGGCCUUUCCAAUCUCAGCAAGAACUACAGCUUCUUUUCAGACAGUCUUAGCGAUGACUAAAGCGCUUUCGAGACAAAAACGAUUGCUUUCAUGUCUAAACAGGUCGAAUCCGAAGUUACUUCGUGUUUGGUGAAAAGUAUCAGUUUAGGGGGUUUUUAGGUUCUGGAUUUGAAAUGAAAUGUUAUUGUGAACCUCUAUCACACGCUUCGAAUUGCUCUUUUGUAUUUUUCAAUGUGAGAAAAGAAAACGAUCUGCUAUCAAAAAAUCGCAUUUCUUGAUAGCCACCCUGUUGAAUAAGUACCGUUCCUCCAAAGUAUCCCAAUGUUUCAGAUUACCCUAUCGAGUUAUGUGGGUGACGUUAACCAAGGAUUCGGUAUUUCUGUACGACAGUCAGCAUGAACAUCCGAUCGGCGUCGUGGGCAACAUCCACUACAACUCGCUGACCGACGUCAGUUGGAGCGACGACGGAAAGGUCAUCAUCGUCUCCUCUCUUGAAGGCUACUGCAGCUUCAUCAAGCUGCGAAUCGAAGCCUGGGGCUCAUCGGUAUGUUUAAUCGAAGUUUAUUCUGUUCAGGAUUUAAGGAUAGUGAAAAAAUGGAAAAAUAAUCUAUAUUUCAAGAGGGGCGCAACAGGUUGUGUGCCUGUCUAAGGUCCACAGGGUCACAAGUUCGAUCCCCGACCCAACCAAGGGGUUUAAGAAAUGUUGGUAGUGGGAAACCACGGCUUCAUAAUCCCAGCCGUCACACACAAGGACGGAUAUGUCACUAGAGCCAGUCCACUGAUAUCAGGAUAGGACCUCGGCUAAUCGACUAGGGGCGCCGACGCCGCUCAAGCGGUAUAAAGGCGUAAGAAGAAGAAGAAGAAUCUAUAUUUCAAGAGACUUAUAAAAUUUUGAUUUAUUUCAUCCCAGUUUUACGGCAAAAUAGGUGGUAGGCGAAGAAUUUCUACGAAAAAAGUUUGACGAUGUAGUGAACUUGUUCGAUGGAACUUUUCUGAAAUUUGGUUUUCUAUUUUUUCCAACAAAGCUAAAAACGGCCAUGAAUCGCGGUGCGUGUGCCUCUCCACGGUCCAAAGGGUCACAAGUUCGAUCCCCGACGCAACCCAACCAAGGGGUUCGAAUUGGACCUUCAAUUUGGGCGGCGAUUUCUAUUUUUACAAAAUUCCUUUCUAGAGAGGUUACUUUAUUUUUGCAGUAUUCCGCAGAAAUCGAGAGACCGCCUUCCCCACAACUAAUCGACACGAAAAAGCGGAAAAAGAAAAGUAUCUUUGAUUGACAUUUUUGCUUAAUUUCUAAAUAAUUUGCAGUGGUUUCGGCGGAAAACGAAGAAAAGCCGGAGCCCAAACAGCCAACUACUCCAAAGGCUUCUGAGAUAAAACUGACGCGCUUUCUCAAGAAAGAUCUCAAACAUUCUGUCGAUGAAAAGUUUGUGGCAUUUAUUUUCGAAUGGAGAGGCUUAAAAUUUUGAAGGAAGGGUAAAAUUGCAUGA